AUGGCGUCCACAAGCACCAAGGUCGCCCAUGGGCUGGCCAAGGUCUUGGGCAUCGACCUGCAUUACCGCCACGAGACCGGCUCCGAACGUGUCACACGCGGCGAGAGCGUCUUCUCAAUCGGUUCUGCCGACACAUAUGUCGAAGAAGAGCCAACUGCUUGGGAAUGGAUCCGCGAUGUUACACCAAACGGCCAGGAUCUCAAGCAAUACUUCAUCAACCUCUUCCCUUUUCUGAGGUGGAUCACACGCUACAACGCACAAUGGCUCAUUGGAGAUCUAGUAGCAGGUAUCACCGUUGGCGCUGUUGUUGUCCCGCAGAGCAUGGCAUACGCAAAGCUCGCUCAACUAGCACCUGAAUUCGGCCUGUACUCGUCGUUCAUGGGCGUGCUCCUAUAUUGGUUCUUCGCAACGUCCAAGGAUAUCACGAUUGGUCCUGUGGCCGUGCUUUCCACCGUUACCGGCAAUGUUGUCACCAAAGCUCAGGCCAAGAUUCCCGACGUUCCCGCCGAUGUCAUAGCCUCAUCACUCGCCAUCAUUGCAGGAUCGAUCGUGCUGUUCAUCGGACUUAUUCGUGCUGGUUGGUUGGUGGACUUCAUCACACUACCCGCUAUUUCGGCCUUCAUGACCGGUUCUGCCAUAAACAUUGCCGCCGGACAGGUACCUGCAAUGAUGGGAAUCACCGGCUUCUCUACGCGCGACGCCACUUACAAGGUGAUCAUCAAUACUUUGAAACACCUAGGCCGUUCUAACCUGAAUGCUGCUAUCGGAUUGACGGCAUUGACAAUGCUCUAUGUCAUACGCUUCACGUGCGGGCAACUUGCAAAGCGAUACCCGAGCAGAGCGAAGACAAUCUUCUUCAUUAACACUCUCCGAACGGCCUUUGUUCUGCUCCUCUACGUUGCCAUCAGCUAUGGCAUCAACAAGAAUCACCGAAGCAAGCCGAGAAUCUCAGUGCUAGGGAACGUACCACGAGGCUUCAAGCACGCUCGAGUACCUCACAUCACGACCGAGAUCAUCUCGGCGUUUGCUCCUGAGCUGCCAUCGACUGUCAUUGUGCUUCUGAUCGAGCACAUCUCCAUCUCAAAGUCGUUUGGCCGCGUAAACAACUACAAGAUCGACCCCUCCCAGGAACUUGUUGCCAUCGGUGUCACCAAUGUCCUCGGUCCGUUCCUCGGAGCUUACCCUGCUACUGGGUCGUUCUCUCGUACCGCCAUCAAGGCCAAAGCUGGUGUACGAACUCCAUUCGCUGGUGUCAUCACCGGUUUGGUCGUAUUGUUGGCCAUCUACGCACUCCCGGCUAUGUUUUGGUACAUUCCGAACGCUGCUCUUUCGGCUGUCAUCAUUCAUGCAGUAGGAGAUCUCAUCACUCCUCCAAACACCGUGUACCAGUUUUGGCGGAUAUCACCAUUGGAAGUCAUCAUCUUCUUCGCAGGUGUCUUCGUGACCAUCUUCAGCAGCAUCGAGAACGGAAUCUACACCACUAUCUCUAUUUCUGCAGCUAUCUGGGUAUUCCGAGCUUUCAAGGCCCGUGGUCGUUUCCUUGGCAAAGCAAGAGUCCACUCUGUGAUUGGAGACCAUCUUCUUGAUCCCACCGGCGAAGACAAGGAGUUCGGUGAUAGGCCCGAGCGUCGCAGCCCGGCUGAAAAUGAAGACUCUGUUCGGGAUGUCUAUCUACCGAUCGAUCACCACGAUGGUAGCAACCCUGAGAUUGCCCUCGAAGACCCGUAUCCUGGUAUCUUCAUUUAUCGUUUCUCGGAAGGCUACAACUACCCUAAUUGCAACCACUAUCUGGACGAGCUCACGGACACUAUCUUCAAGAAAACUCGCCGUACUAACCCUGAUAGCUAUCCCAGACUUGGCGAUCGCCCUUGGAACGACCCUGGCCCACGCCGUGGCAAGCAAGCAGAAUCAACUGACCAUCGUCCUACUCUCAAAGCCAUUAUCCUCGACUUCUCUUCAGUCAACAAUGUUGAUCUCACUUCGAUGCAGAACAUGAUCGAUGUACGAAAUCAGCUCGACAGAUAUGUUGCUCCGGAUACUGUCGACUGGCAUUUCUGCAACAUCAACAACCGCUGGACCAAACGAGCGCUUGCCGCUGCUGGAUUCGGAUAUUAUACGCCAGAGCCCGAAGGCUCGGUCAUGACUCGAUGGAAGCCCAUCUUCAGUGUGGCCGAACUCGGCGGUAGCAAUAGCGUCGCGGCAGAUUUAGAGGCCAGGGAGCGCAGGAAGGCGUUGAGGGUAGCCGCGAAACAAGACGGUCAGCCCGACGACGACAUUGAGGAGCACCAAAUUUCUUCCUCCGAUGAGGAUUCGUUGGACAAGAAGCUCAGCCAAACCAAGGCGUACGGUCAAUCCCACUCGAAGCCAUCGAAGAUUGCGGUGGUGCAGGGUUUGAACAGGCCUUUGUUUCAUGUUGAUAUCACUGCGGCAUUGAACAGUGCAGUCGCCAACGCGAACAGAAAGAGUCAUUGA